UCGAAAACAUCACGGUGAAUUUUUUUAUUACAUUACUCGUGCAUUACUCUGCUGGAGAAAUUCGCAUUCCUUCGCUUAUUGUUUCCGGCGAUGUGCGAGGGUUCUUCGCAGAGCAGCAGUCAGUGAGUGUCUGCAUGGAGCUGUAAACAUUACUAGCUGAAUGUUGGAGUCAUUAUGGGGAAGAAACAGAGCAAAUUGAAGCAAGGUGGAAGCGGCAAGGGAGCCUCCCGUAUCUACGGCCAUGGACACGGAGAUUACACAGCCGUGUCUUCACCGGAGGUAUCCGACGUGAAACGUUACACACCUGUGCAUAGCGAUGCUGUCACUAGCGUCACUGUGGCUGGAGAUGUAUCCUACAUCACAGGAAGUGCUGAUCAGAGCAUGGUAUUGUAUCGCUGGAAGGAAGGCAGGUUGAUGCAAAGAUGGAUCGGACAUAAGAGAGAAAUUACAAAGGUGGCGCACGCUCCAGAGCUAGAGGCGACGUUUAGCGCAUCCCGGGACAAGACGAUACGAAUGUGGAAGAGGGGUACGACAGAUGGGGGAACAGUUGAGCUGUGUAAUUGCAAGCAGACGUUCAGCGGACACGACCUGGUUGUCACGGGAGUUGAUUUUGGAAAUGGAAAGCUGUGCUCAGGGUCUCGAGACAACUCGGUGCGGCAGUGGGAUAUCACGACCGGUCAAUGCAUCCACCAAAGUGUUAUCCCUAGGAACUUAGUUACCCACUUAAAAUGUGUACCGGGAGAGAAUCUGGUGGUCCAGACCAGCGAGGACAGAUGCCUCAGGAUUUGGGACACGCGCACAUUAACCGAGGCUCACGUAUUCCCGAAGAAGCAGUACAUCCAGACGUGCUGUGACGUGACUCCAGAUGGCAACUACUGUCUAACGUCCAGUAACGGGGUCGGUGGCAAGGGAUGCGAAGCUACGCUUUGGGACCUGCGAGCCCAGUCUUUAGUUGCUGAGUAUCACGGCCACCAGCAGACAACAUCGGCUUGCUGCUUCAUCCCCAACAUUUACUCCAAACCGCUUAUCGCUACAUGCUCUAAUGACGGUACUGUUAGAGUCUGGGAUAGAAAUUCAUGUGCUUGCAUAACGAUGUUGAGUAUUGUUGGUUUUGGGUCGUUGACGUCCAUCGCAGCCAACACCGAUAAAAGUAUAUGUGUAGGAAGUGUAAGUCGAGGAGUCCACAUAGCAACUCUAUUAGAAGAACCAGUAGGGCAGUUUCGCUUUAUCUACGUCGCUCAGUACUAACCAGGUAUCCAUAGCAACAAACCCUAAUACGUGUGUGUAUAUCUAUAAAUAUAUAUACUCCACACAGAAUACACGGAGAAACAUAUAUUUGGAUGUGUCUCGGGUUACCAGCUUAAUAGUGAAUGUGUUGUGAGUCAGGGUACCGAGUAAUAGCAGGAAUGGAAAAG